AUGGAAGACGACACGGCCUCGUUGGGGAGUGGAAGCGUGGGGCAGGAAGUGUCUCAUCUCGGUUGGGGGAGAUGGUAUACUCUGAGGGAACUUGAGCUCGCUACGAACGGAUUGUGUGAAGAGAAUGUGAUCGACGAAGGUGGCUACGGAAUCGUUUAUCGCGGCUUUUUAACCAACGGAGCUAAAGUUGCUGUUAAGAAUCUACUUAAUAACAGGGGUCAAGCUGAGAAAGAAUUCAAGGUGGAGGUCGAAGCAAUCGGCCGAGCACGACACAAGAAUCUCGUGAGAUUGCAAGGAUAUUGUGUUGAAGGAGCAUAUAGGAUGCUUGUAUAUGAAUAUGUCGGCAAUGGCAAUUUAGAACAGUGGCUCCACGGUGAUGUCGGAGAUGUCAGUCCUCUUACAUGGGAUAUUCCGAUGAACGUCGUACUCGGAACAGCAAAAGGUUUGGCCUACCUUCAUGAGGGUCUUGAACCAAAGGUCAUUCACCGGGACGUAAAAGCUAGCAACAUCUUACUCGACCGCCAGUGGAACCCUAAGGUUUCCGAUUUCGGCCUUGCUAAACUCUUGUGUUCCGAAAGGACUUACGCGACGACUCGAGUGAUGGGAAAGUUCGACUAUGUUGCUCCAGAAUAUGCUUGUACCGGAAUGCUGAACGAGAAGAGUGAUGUCUAUAGCUUUGGAGUACUAAUUAUGGGGAUUAUUUCCGGAAGAUGUCCCAUGGACUAUGGCCGACCGCAAGGAGAGGUGAAUUUGGUGGAAUGGUUAAAAACCAUGGUCGGAAACAGAAAAUCUAAGGAAGUAGUCGAUCCUAAACUACCUCAGAUGCCGGCUUCAAAAGCGCUUAAACGCGUACUACUAGUUGCUCUUCGAUGCGUUGAUCCUGAUGCAUCGAAGAGACCGAAAAUGGGACAUAUUAUCCACAUGCUCGAGUCUGAUGAUCUGCUAUUCCACGAUGUAGGCACCAUUUUUGCUGCAUACUAUAUAGACUAACAUUCAUGGCAUCCAAAA